AUGGCUCAAAGUUCUGAUCAAGGUUCCAAUUCUUUCAUCACCAAACGUGUGUGCAUUGUCGGUUGCGGUUCAAGCGGUCUCAGUGCCAUCAAAGCUCUCCUCGAAUCCAAUUUCACACUCUUUCCCGAUUCCGUUCCUUCAUAUCCACUUUUUCAAAAUUCAAAAGACCAUCGAACGAUGGAUUGCACCUUUCCGAAAAGAAACUCCUCGAAUUCGAAGGAAAAACCAAGUAUUCUCUUUGAACCUGUGUGUUAUGAAGCCACUAAUGAUAUUGGAGGAUUGUGGAGAUUUUCCGAGAAUGAAAGUGAAUUUUCUUCCGUCUACAAAUCGACAGUGAUUAAUACGAGUAAGGAAAUGAUGAGUUUUUCGGAUUUUCCAAUACCAGAUGAGUUUCCUCCGUUUUUACCACAUUACAAGAUUAUUGAGUAUUUUAAAAUGUAUGCCAAUCACUUCUCAUUGUGGAAAUAUAUUCAAUUUGAAACUCGGGUGGUAUCAAUUACUAAAAAAGGUGAAAAAUAUCUUGUGAAAACUGUAAAACAAGCUAAUAGUAGCAAUGACACGGAUACCACUCGCCUUGUCGAAAUGGAAGAAGAAUUUGAUUUUAUCAUGGCCUGUACUGGACAUCACUCAAAACCUCAAAUGGCUCACUUUGAGGGUUUAAAAGAGCAUUUCAAAGGCCAUGUCAUGCAUUCACAUGCCUACAAGGACCCAUUCAAAGAAGAAUUUUUAAAUAAGAAUGCUCUUGUGAUUGGUAUCGGCAAUAGUGGUGGAGAUAUUGCCACAGAAUUGGCCAAAAACGUUGCAAAAAGUGUCACACUUUCCACUCGUUCAGGAACUUGGAUCAUUCCAAGAGAAUCUCUGUUUGGUUCUCCUCUCGAUCAUGUUCCUCGUUAUUUAUGGUUGUUACCAACUGUUGCUUUACAAUUUGUCAUGGAAAAUACUAUGAAGUUAUUUUACGGAAAUAUUGAAGGAGUGGACAAAAAUUUGCAACCUCGGCAUCACUUGCUGAGUUCUCAUCCAACCAUUAAUAGUGAACUCGUUGGAAAGAUUCGAACUGGAGUCAUUAAUGUUCAACGGAAUAUUUCCAAGUUUUUAAAUGACGGUCAUUCCGUUGAAUUUGAAGAUGGAACCGUUGUUCACAAUAUUGACACAGUAAUUAUGUGUACAGGUUACAAAAUUGAAUUCCCAUAUUUGAAUGAAAUUUCUGAGGACUUGUCAUUGUGUCAUCGCGACGACAAUCAAGUACAUAUAUACAAGUACAUGUUCCAUCCGUCACAUCCUUCCAUUGCAUUCAUUGGAUUGGUUCAACCUUUGGGAGCAAUCAUGCCUAUCGCAGAAUUACAAUCCAGAAUUGCUGCUCAAGCCUUCCGUGGUGACUGUCACUUGCCAUCCGAAACAGAAAUGAAAGCGGAUAUCGAAAUGAAAAAGAAGGAGAUGCAAAAGAGAUAUCUCAACUCUAAACGACAUACCAUUCAAGUCGAUUACACACUCUACAUGGACGAACUUGCAGAAAUGAUUCAAGUCAAACCAUAUUACUUGCACUAUCUUUUCACAAACCCAAGAUUGGGUGUGAAAUUACUGAACUCACCAGCAUUUCCAGUCACGUAUCGAAUUGAAGACGAUUCUCCAUUUGUGAAUGCGACACAACGUCAAAAGGAACGAGAACAAGCCAUUUCAACUCUUCAAAAAGUUUCCUAUGAUUUAUUUUCAGAGAAUUAUCAAUCCAAUCCCAAUGACAGAAAGAAAUCGAUUCAAGAAAGAGAAUCAUUCUUGAUUGUUGUCUGGUUGCAAGCAGUGUUUCUGUUGUUCGUUUAUGUGAUUUAUUUGUUGAGGAGAAGAUGGAAAUAUUGA